AGAAGACCCAGUUAUCCAACCUGAUGUGGUGUCCCUGUUUCGAAGCUGAAGAAAGGAAAGCAGAACCACACAGAACCUGACAGCUGUUAGAAACAGGCUUAAUGCAGUAGUCUACACAUUUCAUAAACCGCUGCAGCCAUGCUGACUUGUGAGAUCUGUGGAGAGGAGGUGAUGCUGGAGGAGGACAUGAAGACUCAUCUUCUUCUCAACCACCUUGAAAAUGAAAUGCAUUGCCCGCUCUGCUCCCUGUCUGGUGUGUCCUACGAUGAACUCUGCUUCCAUAUCAGUACUGCACACCCAGAGAACCAGCAGAGUGAACAUUCACACUGUGAGGAGGCAGCACCGUCCACAACCAGCUCAGACUGCUCUGUUCCAAAAAACACUGUUCUGACUCUGACAAAUGAGCCCCAAGCAUCUACCUCUGGUUUAAAUAGAGACAGUAAUGACACAUCUGAUGGAGUCUCACCCACUGCUACCUCUAGUGUCACAACUGACACAGUGCAACAUGAACAGGUCAGUACAGAAAACAGGGCUUCAUCAUCUGUGAUGGCAGCAAGUCGGACAACAGUGAGCCCUAAAUUAAGACAGUCAGUGAAGCACAGCAAAGAGAAUGAUGACACCUUUAAAUCAGAACAAGACAAAGACAAAAGGAAGCGGCUUUGCUCACCAAGAAAAGAGAAGCUGUUCUCCUGUCCAAUGUGUGCAUUGAUCUGCAGCGACUGUUUCACCCUGCAGGAGCAUGUCGAGUUACAUCUGGAAGAACAGCGUGCAGCUGAAGGAGAGAGCAGAAGGUAUGAGUGUCCACUGUGCUCAGUCGUUUGCAGCAACAGCUUCUCUCUGCAGGAACAUGUGGAGCUACAUUUAGACCACGGAGCAUCGGUGAAAUGUGCAGGGAGUCCUGACUCAGACCUGAAACUGGCCAGGAGGCUUCAUGAGGAGGAGGAGCAGAGGAGGAAAGAGGAGGAGGCACAGCAGGAGAGAGAGGAGUUCAAGAAGCUGCAGAGGCAGUUUGGGCUGGAUGGCAGCGGGGGCUACCGCAGGCAGAUGGAAAGGACUAUGGAGCGGGCUGUGGCCAGAGGUCUGAUGAAUCCAGCAGAGUUUCACUCUCAGAGGGCGGAGAUGAUGGAGUCUCUGGCAUCAGGGGUCGAUGAUGGCAGGACCAGAGCACAGGGUGUACUUCGAGCCUUGUAUGAGUAUUACCAGACUGAAGCCAGAGACUGUGUCCAUGUGUGGCUCAGCUCAGAAACAGAUCAUUACUGCUCCUCAGCAGGAGACAAAGGCUGGGGUUGUGGAUACAGAAACUUCCAGAUGCUGUUGUCUUCUCUACUCAAAGCAGAGGCGUACGCUCCAGUCUUCUCAGGGAAGACAGUUCCGAGCAUCCCUCGGGUGCAGAGCAUGAUUGAAGAAGCUUGGAAUGAAGGACUGGAUCCACGAGGCGCGUCCCACUUUAACCAGCGACUCCAGGGAACACGAGCCUGGAUCGGAGCCACUGAGAUCUACAGCCUGCUCACCUCGCUGGGAAUCAGUGCCCGUAUCAUUGACUUCCACCAGCCCACGGGCCCUGGUGACACCCAUCCCAGACUGUUUGAGUGGGUGAAACAAUACUACUGCCAGUCUACUAGAAGCAACAGAAUCCCCCCCAGACUCAUCCAGACCUCCUUACCUCCACUCUACCUCCAGCACCAAGGUCACAGUCGCUCUGUAGUGGGUUUGGAGCAGAGGAAGAAUGGGACCCUCUGCCUCCUCAUUCUGGAUCCAGGCUCCUCGCUGUCCGACACCAGGAAGCUGCUGAGUAGGGACACCGUGUCCACAGCGGUCCGUCACAUCCGGAAGUUCCCUGGAAACCUGAAGCACAAACAGUACCAGGUGGUGGCUGUGCAGGGUGUGCUGUCUGCAGAAGACAAACGAAUUAGCAUCUCGAACUCCAGGACGUUAUGUGCUGAAAGGAUCCCAUGAACAGGAACCUUCACCUCUUCUGUUUUUUUUUUUUUCUUUGCUGUGAACGUUCACCUUAUUCCUUUCCUCAGGAGAAACUUUUAUUCACUAACUUAUAUAAUUUGCAUUUUUUUUUAAUAAAUAAAGUACAUGUUUUUUUUAAUG